CGUACCAAAACAAGGAAGUUGCGACAAUAGGAUGGACUUUUUAAAAAUAUACGUUACAAACACAAAUAAAACGCGUAUUUAUAACUAUGACUAGCGUCACACUCUGCUAGUAAACUUUCGAUAGUAAUAUUAACGUCCAAGAACAGUUUGGAGAUACUGUCUAAAUGUAUUUAUUUCGUUUUUUGUGAAGCUAACCCCAUUAGCUAGGCAGCUAGCUAGCUCCUUAACAUCGGAGCUAAUGAGGAGCUAAUGAGAGAUUUUGUUGUUAAAAUGGUUCAGAACAUGUUCCGGACCGGUUUCCUGGUUCGGGCCUCACACACCCUGCUGACCUGGAUCGUAACCGUGGUUCUGUUUCUACAUGACACCGAUCUGCGGAGAUGUGAGGAGCGAGGAGAGCUGCUGCUGCCGGCUCUCUUCUUCCUGCUGGUCGUCCUGUCGGUGUUGUUGUACUUCACAGUUUCAUUAAUGGAUCCGGGCUUCGUUCUCACGGACACCGUCAAGGGAGUUCACGGUUCGAGUGAAGAGACGGAGUCCAUGAUUCCCGAGUCGUCGACCCCUCGACUACGACGCUGUGGAUUCUGUCUGCUGCAGCAGCCAAUGAGAGCGAAGCACUGCCAGACGUGUAAACGCUGCGUCCGCCGCUUCGACCAUCACUGCCCGUGGAUGGAGAACUGCGUCGGUGAGAGGAACCACCGCUGGUUCGUCGUCUACCUGCUGGUGCAGCUGCUGGUCCUGCUCUGGGCUCUUCACGUCGCCCUCUCAGGUAUCUCCAGCGGCGUCACCUGGGAGCUGUGGUUCAGAGGGAACGGGUUCCUGCUGGCGGCGCUGGCCGUGGUCGGGGUUUUCUCCGUGGUGGUGGCGCUGCUGCUGGGCUGCCAUCUUUACCUGGUGUCCGUCAACUGCACCACCUGGGAGUUCAUGUCGCGCCACCGCAUCUCCUACCUGAAGACCUUCAGGGACGAGGAGAACCCGUUCGACCGAGGAGUUUUCUGCAACCUUUGGGACUUCUUCUGCAUCUGCAGGAUGGUGGUGUGGGAGCAGGUUUACCAGAGGAACUCCCCGAACCCCGUCUGACCUCAGAACAUUGUUUAAAUGUUAACAUCCAGGUCAAACUUUGGGCCAGAUAGUGAUGGAAAGGUGGUCGACUAGUAGAGCAACCAAACACUGAAGCACCUUAGAGUAGAUGUUCGUUAUUUAGAACCCAGAAACUUGAUCAUUUUCGACCUGAGAAGUUUUGUCUUACCAUGAAAGCCAUUUUAAGAAUUCAAAAUCUCCAGAACUACAUCACCUAUAAAAGUAUUCACCCCCUUCUAGGAAGUUUCCCCUUUUACUGCUCUUCAACAUCAAAUUAUGAUCAAUUUAUUUAGGGUUUUUUCACAAGAAUGUACAAAAAAAAGACUCUUUCAUGUCAAAGUGCAAACAGAUUUCUACAAAGUCAUGUCAAUUAAUUAAAAAUAUACAAUGUUAAAUAAGAAAUAGCAAAAGUAUUUAGUAGAUGCAACUUUGUCUGCAAUUCCAUCAUUGAUCCUGUUGGUCUCAAUCAACCUGAACAUCUACAUUUUGCAGUUUUACCUCAUUCUUCUUGGAAAACUGUUAAAGUCCAGACACUAAUCGUCAGUUGGAUUGAGGUCUGGACUCUCUCCAUAACUUCCACCUUGUUGUCUUCAAACCAUUUCUGAGGAUCUUUGGCUGUUUGCUUCGACUCAUCGUCUGGAUGGAAAACUGAUCUUCUCCAAGUGUCGGUUCUCUUCAGACUGCAUCAGGUCGUCCUCCAAGAUUUCUCCAGACUUUGCUGCAUUCAUUUUACCCUCUACCUGUACAAGCCUUCCAGGACCUGCUGCUGAGGAACACCAUGAUGCUGCUACGACCAUGCUACACACCAUGAUGCUGCCACCACCAUGCUUCACAGUUGAGAUGGUGUGUUUGUGAUGAUGUCCAGUGUUUGGUGUCCGCCAAUUACAGUGUCCAGCCUGAUGGACAGAAUGCUUAAUUUUGGUCUCCUCAGACCAAAGAACCUUCUUCCAGGUGACUUCAGAGUCUCCACAUGUCUUCUGGUGAACUCUAGUCCAGAUUUAGUUUGAGCUUUUUCCAACAUCGUCUUUCUCUUUGUCUCCAUAAAGCUUUGACUGAUGAAGAACAGACAGUUGUAUGAACAGUCUCUAACAUCUCAGCUGCUGAAGCUUGGAACUCCUUCAGAGGAGUCAUAGGUGUCUUGGUGGCCUCUCUCACUAGUCUCCUUCUUCUCAGUCUCUCAGUUUUUGAGGACGUCCUGCUCUAGUCAGAUUUAUUCAUCUUCCAUCUUCCUUCCAUUUCUUACUGAUGGAUUUAACUGGACUCCAAGAGAUAUUCAGGAACUUGGAAAUGUUCUUGUAUCGUCCUGACUGAUACUUUUCAACAACCUUUUCUCAGAGUUUCUUGGAGUGUUCUUUAGUUUUCAGGGUGUAGUUCUACUGAUUCACCAGUGACUGGACCUUCCAGAUACUGGAGUCUUUAUACUACAGACAUUAAAACUGAUUCAUUUAAUCAGAUAAUCUUUAUUUCACUAACUGUCAGACUUCUAGGACCAACUGGCUGCACACGUGUUGAAUUAGUCACUUUAGAGGGUGUGGACAUUCAUGCAGUCACGUAUUUCACAUUUAGUAUUUUGAACUAACUGACCUGACUUUGUAGAAAUCUGCUUUUACUUUGGAAUGAAAGUAGUUUAUUUUGGAAAUUCUUAUCAAAAAAGCCAUGAUUCAGUGUUGACAAGCAGUAAAAGAGAACUAACUACAUUCCCAUCACGUCCAUAGAGGGGUGAAAGCUUUUUAUCAACACUGUAGCUCCCAGAGCCAUAAAAUGUAGCGAGGACAAAGAUAAACGCUGUUUGAAAUGUCACAGACUGACCCAGAGAUAAGAUGUCACCACAGUGUUUGAUUUAAGUAUGUCAACGUGUACCAGAGGGGUUGGCACAAGAGUCCUGCUCAAUCUAGUGUUCCUUCAGCGCCACCUUCAGGUUCAUGUUUGAAGUUCUGAAUGAGGAAUUCCAGCUGGAUUGGGAUUGGAUUGGAUUUUUAUGUCUCUCAGGAUGAAUUUUAACAAUUCUGGUGCUUUAUACCCCUUUACUGUUUCAGAUGCAGUAUAAUUCUGCAAAACUAACUACACUCCCGUCAGCCUCAACUAAGUGCUAAUUAGCAAACUGUAGUGUUUCAAACGAAGAUAUAAACAAGGUAAACACACCGACUAAACCUCUAAAUAAUCAGCUCGCUAAGUUUACAUUUCUCUGAGAGCACAAAUGCCCAAGCACUAGUUGUUGAUUUAACUCCUAAAAAGUCAGAUUUAUCAGGGUUUUUUAUUGUUGAACUGUUGAACUUAAACUGCAGGUUUAGAGUAUUGGUUCUUUAAGUUUGUUUGUAUGAAACCUCUGAAGUCUGAAUCAGUUUUUUUGAGGCUGUCAUUGGUAAACUGCAGUUCAAACGUGGAAAUACAUGAAGCUAAUUGAUUUUUUAAAGUCUUGACGUGUCUUUUAUGAUAUAAAAACACCAUAUUGACAUCUUAACAAGGUAUUUUUACCUUGCUAAGAUGUCAAUAAGUUGUUUUUAUGGUGUAAUGUAGAUUUUCACUGGAGAAAGUCUUUUUCCUGUAUUUAGGAAAGUGUUUAUCCAUGUGAAGCUCAAUGUGCUUUUUAAAGGCAAUUUGACAGAAAUUUACACAAUUCUUUAAUUUCUGUCAAUUUAUUUAACAAAAAUGCCAUUUUUUUGAAGCCCCAGUCAACAAAACUGCUUAAAAUAUGUCAUACUGUUAUCUUUAUUCUUAAUUCUAAUCAUUUUGGGUGGUGAUUUAACUUUGCUGCAGGAAAAAACCUAAAAAUCUGAUAAUCUGCUCUCAGUUUUGGCUCUUAACAGUUUGACAUUUGCGUCUUUGGAUGAAAAAUUGACAUGUGGUUAAUUUUUGGUAAAGUCCAACUUUUUUUGGUUCUUGAAUCUCUAAUUUACCUCUCUGGACUAAGAAUUGCCCACAAAACUGAACUCUGCAUUUAAAGAAAUCUGUAUUUUUACGCUGUUUUGUGGACUGUGUCUGAUGGAAGCACUGAUUUUUACUCAGGUCUGUGAAUGUUUGUUGAUUUUUAACCUUUUUAACACUAACUGCCUUUAAAUCUGUUGACGUCUUGUGCCUUUACCUGAUGUCAGUCGUUGUUUUCACUGUUGAAACUGUGUCUUAAUGUUCACGCUGAGAGCUAAAUAUUUUACAAACGUGUUGUUGUUUUUUUACCAUAUAUGUUCUGUUUGUAUUUAUUGACAACAAGAGUACAUUAAAACACGGAUGAUGAUA